UUAUCAGAAACUAAGGAUGGAAGAAGGGGUAGAAGCGCUUGUCCAAAAGUAAGGUUGCAACUAACAAGUUGGCCUCAGAGGUUCAAGAAAGCAUGGCUGAGCAAGCAGGAGUGGCUUCAGUAGAUCAUGCAGAUAUGCCAAUGAACUCCCCUAUCAGACAUACUUUACUUGGUACUGCUGGUGGAAAUGUGGGGCACUACAACUAUGAGAUGGGACUGGAUAGCACAUAUGGUGAAGAGAUGGCUAAGGACAGGGUAUCAUCCAUGCUAUCAAGAGGGAUGGAUAAUUCGUUGCCAAGACUUCCACCUGUCUCACUUGUUCUGUCAUCCCAUGAAGCAUUGUUGGAACUAGCCUCUGCCCCAUCCAUGAAAGGGAAAAAUCUGAUGACUAUUGCUCCUCCUGAUGAAGGGAGACGGGAUUCUGGAGGGAAUCUAGCAAGCCAGGCUUCUGAAACUCCUGUUUCGGGUAAGAAAGAUGUGCGAUUUCGGAGGACAUCAUCUUGCAGUGAUGCUGAUGUGUCGGAUACCUCAUUUAUAGACAUGCUUAAAAGCUCUGUUAAGAAGCCAGUGCUGACAGAGGCUGAUACCAUGGCUGGAGCCUUAGAGUUAUCUGAUAACACACAAGGGAGCCGGAGUGGUAAAAAGAAAGGGAAGAAAGGGAGGCAAAUUGAUCCUGCUCUGCUUGGUUUCAAAGUCUCCAGCAAUCGAAUCAUGAUGGGCGAGAUUCAAUGCCUUGACGAUUUACUGUAA